AUGGGUAUCUACGUGGAUGAUGAUCAAACUAUUUACAUUGCUGACGCCAAUUAUCACCGUAUUGUGAAAUGGAAGUGUAAUACAACGAAUGUUCAAGUAGUAGCUGGUGGCAACGGACAAGGAAAUCGAGUUGAUCAGUUGAAUCAUCCAACGGAUGUGAUUGUUGAUAAAGAAACAGACAGUCUCAUCAUCUGCGAUGAAAAAAACCGACGAGUGAUGCGAUGGUCUCGUCAGGAUCGAAUAAGUGGAGAAAUUAUGAUCGACAACAUCGAUUGUUUCGGUCUCACGAUGGACGAUCAGAGAUUUCUCUACGUCUCUGAUCAGAGAAAACAUGAAGUGAGACGAUAUCGAAUGGGCGAGACAAAUGGAAUAGUGGUGGCAGGUGGUAAUAAAAAAGGUGAUCGUCUCGAUCAACUCUACAAUCCCACUUUCAUCUUUGUCGAUCGAGAUUAUUCUGUUUACGUCUCGGAUUGGAAUAAUAAUCGUGUGAUGAAGUGGGAGAAAGAUGCGAAAGAAGGAAUUAUUGUGGCUGGCGGUAAAGGUGAAGGAAAUGCUCCGCAUCAAUUGUCAUCUCCCAGAGGAGUGUUCGUCGAUGCAUUUGGCACAGUCUAUGUAGCAGAUUGGGGCAACGAUCGAGUGAUGCGUUGGUAUAAAGGAGCGACACAGGGAAAUGUAAUUGUUGGUGGAAAUGGUUCGGAAAAAGAAGCAAACCAGUUGAACUGCCCCAUAGAUUUGUCAUUCGAUCAACAUGGAAAUCUGUAUGUUGUUGACUAUUACAAUCGGCGAGUUCAACGAUUCUCGAUUGAACAAUGA